CGUUCGGUUGGCUUUCGUGGGAAAAAGUUGAAUUAAUCUAAAUUUUCUGUGUUUUUCUUCAUUUUAAACACCGACCGAAGAUGGAUUACCGGCCAAACUUUAUCUGCUUCGAUCAGGUAUGUCGGAUUUGCAUGAAGAACAGCACCGAAUUGCAAUCGAUCUUCGGUCACCCGCAGGACAUCCCCGAACUUAUUCGGCUUCUGUCGAAAGUGGAGGUCUUGGAGGAUGAUGUACUCCCGAAGCAGAUCUGUUCGGAGUGCAUGAUCUUCGCGGGAAAUGCGGCAGAAUUCAAGGAACGUUGCAUUCAAUCGAACCGAACGUUGAGGGAAUACAUUUCGGAGAACGCGGAAGACCACAAGCAGUACUUUUUGAAAGAGGAGCCUGAUUUGGUGGGGGAGGAUGGAGACAGUAUUCCGCUGGGACCGGAAUUCAUCAAAUGUGAGAUUGAUGAGUCGAGCAGCGAAAAGCCUGAUGAGGGGGGCAAUGAUUUCGAGAUUGCCGAUGGUAUUGAUAGCGUUAGUGACGAGGAAGACGAUGAUCGGGAGGAGGAAGAGGAGAUUAGGAUUGAUCGGCGUAUUCGAAGACGCAGGACGCGGAACACGGUAAUUGAUGAUUCGGAUGAUGAACCGCUGAUAUCGAAGAGAAGGAAAAGCGAAAACCAUAGCUGCACGAUGUGUGAUGAAAAGUUUAGAAACAAGGCUCACAUCAAAUUUCAUAUGCAAAGCGAUCAUGCUGAUGAGAAAACUUCCAAGGAAGAUAAGAUUCGUCAGUGUUUUUACUGUCCGAAAGCGUACUCAAAUUACGAGUAUCUGAAGAUUCAUUUGAACUUCCAUCCCAGGAACGAAUGGACAUGUCCGAUGUGCGGCAAGGAAAUGAAGAACAAAGGUAAAUUCAUCGAUCAUUUGAGGAUGCAUGCCAACGAACGCCAUUACAGAUGUGAUAUAUGUGAGAAAGAUUUCACAUCGCACAAGUACAUCGCCAACCACAUGAAGAUGCACAAGCGGAAGGGUGAAAAGAGUAGUACAUACAACUUUGAAGAUUCUAGUGAUAGCGAUUACGAUCCAGUGGAAGAUGAUAAAGAGGAGGAGGAGGAGGAUGAGGAAGAGGAACUGAAUCUGUCGGACAAAGAGGACACGAUUCAGAGUGCCUACCAGUUGAAUCCGGAUGCUCCGAAAAAUUGUCCGGUGUGUAACGAAACGUUCGAAAAAGUGACGUACGUGAAGUUUCAUCUGGAGAGUGAACAUAUUCCCCUAGAUGAAUCCACUCCAAAAGUCCACCAUUGCGUAACGUGUAAGAAAAAUUACAUGACAUUCGAUCAUCUCAUGAACCACAUGAAACUACAUGCGGAGAAGAUUUGGAGCUGCCCGGAAUGCAAGAAGCAAUUUCGCCGUCUCGAUAAAUACAAGGAUCACCAGAAGAUCCACCAGAAUGAUCGUACCUUCCUGUGCGUGUACUGUGGUAAGGAUUUCCCUACGACCAAGUACAUGAACCGCCACUUGCAGACUCACAUCAAGGAGAAGGUUCAAAAACCGGAAGAGGAGUUCGAGUGUGAAGUUUGCGGAAAGAAGAUGAAAUACAAAUCAAACUACACCAACCAUAUGAAAACCCACGGACCGGCGCAUGUCAAACCGAUCAAGCAGGAUCCGGAGUCACCCCCCAAGAAGAUCUAUCUGUGCAGUAUAUGUGGCCGAAAUUGUGGCUCUUCCAGUAAUUUAACGGUACACAUGCGGCGCCAUAAUGGACAAGCCAUCUGUUCCUGUUCAGUUUGCGGCAAAGGAUAUCCCCGUAAGGCUGAUUUAGUUAUGCACAUGCGAAGACAUACAGGUGAAAAACCAUACGAAUGUUCGACAUGCGGUCGAGGCUUCGCCAGAAGAGACAAAUUGCGAAUACACAUUCGAACGCACACCGGAGAGAAACCAUAUGCUUGUCCUUGUGGACGGGCAUAUGCUCAGAAAAACGAUCUCAAAACUCACCAGAAGCGCAACACGUGCGGUCAAAACUUUGACAUCACAAAGUUAAUGGCUCCCUAUCAGACAUCGAUCUGUGUACGGCCGCAGCCUCAUCCGGUGCCACCUCCUCCAAGGGAACCUCCCGCCCCACCUGUACCGGUCGCCUCCAGCACGGUAGUGAUUGCCCCGACCAUUCAACCAUACGCCAACACCAACUCCGUAUAUUCCACGGUUACACAACCGAUGACCAGUGGUGGGACUGCCGGAACACCCGGUAUGCCCAGUGUGCCUCCGUCACCGCAUCACGAUCUGAGCAGAAUGUCCGACUCGGUUCCGAACAGUCCCGUCGAUCUGAUGACUCAUCGGCAUCCUUUUGCGCCGUUCCCCGGUGGUGGUGUUGGCAAUAUGAUGCCGAACUACUCUAAUCCGUAUCAACAGCCCAAGGUCGAUAUGUGCAAUCAGUGAGUGCAUUUCUUUUUUAAAUCUUUGACUCUCAUUCGCUGCGAAAUGGUGGAGAUUUUUAACUCUUAGUUUUUAUUUAUAUUAAUGCCGUACGAUAAAUAGGCAAUAAGCAAUAAACUUGAUGCAUAAGGCAUUA